AUGGGUUGUAGACAUUCAUUAUCACCACCAAGUUCACCAAAGAAAACCGUUAAAAAUAAUGGACCAAUUGAAUUAAAAAAGAAAAUAUUUUUUCAACAUGCAGAAAAAUUUUCUCAUCAAAAAUUUAAUAGUAUUAAAACAUCGUUUUCUGUUAAAACAUUUUCAGCAUUAAAUAUUGAAGAAAUACUUGAUGGUCAUGGUAAAAAUUUACUAAAAAAAUUUGAAUUUACUUCAACUUGUCUUUUAUUUGAUGUAUCAUUAACACAUAUACUUUUACUUAAUAAUAGAGAACUUCAUUUAAUUAAUAUAAAUACAAUGAAUAUUGAAACAUAUACUUUACCAAGUGAUUAUAUGGAUAUUCAAGAUAUAGUUUGGUCAUCACAAUUAAAUGUUUUUCUUAUACUUACAACUGAUCAAUUGUAUGAAACCGAUGUUGAUCAAAUUAAAUUAAAAGCUAUUCAUCAAAUUCAGUUUAUUAAUGAAGGUUAUCGUAAAUCGUAUAUGGCUGUAAAUGGAAAUGAUUUAAUUAUAAAUCGUUCAUUUGGAUAUGAUCUCAAUCGUUAUUCACUUUCAAAUUUUGAUCGUAUUCAAUCACUUGAUGUAUAUAAAGAAAAUAAAAACAUAUGUGUAACUACAAUGCGAUUAAAUUCAAAUAAAAUCUUAGCUCUUUCAAUAUCAAUAAAUGAUAAACAAAUGAUUGAUUUAGUUAAUUUGAAAACAAAUGCAUUAAUUCAUCGAAUCAAAUUUGAUUUAAAUGAGAAUAUUUCAUAUCCAAUUGAUUUACAUUUUAAUGGAUUAUGGUUUGCUAAAACAUCUAUACCUUAUGUAAAUAUUGGCCAUUGUUUAAUAACAUCGGAUGGACAAAUAAUUCGUUUAAAACUUUUUUCCAAUCAAGAUAAUUUUAUACGUUCAUUACGAAUAAGUUAUGAUAAAAAAUGGUUAUUGAUUGGUAGACAAUAUGCAUUAGAACUUUAUUCAUUUAUAAAAUAG